AUGGGUAAUAUUAAAAGCACUGAAGAAGACAAAUUACUUGGAAGCAGAAAUAUCGGUGGAAUAUGCAAUAACUAUUCCUGGUGUGAUUUAGAUCACGCAGAAAUAAGAAAAAUAGGUAACAUAUUUGGAAUUAAUGACUUGAAGGUGGAAAAUAUAAAGAAAGAUUUUAACAUUGAUCUAAAUUUAAUAAAAAAUCGGUUUCCUGUUAUUCUUCAGAGAUUUUAUUUGGAUUUAUUUGAUUUCUACUGCAAAGAUGACCUCGGGAAGAUAAAUUUAAUUGAUUUUAUAAAAUUCAUGAAUUCUAUUUUGUAUUGUAACAAAAGAGGAAUAAUAAACAUAAUUUCCGAGUAUAUAAUAUUGCAUAUAUCAGAUGAAUUAGAUUUACUCAGGAUAAUACUUUCUAUAGUUUAUUUUGAGAUAAAUUUUCUUUUGUGUGACUCAAGCGACUCUUUAACAUUUUUAGAAUCGUAUGACAAUGAAAGACAUUACUUGAGUUCACUUGGAUCUUGUUUGGAUUUCGAAUCUAUUGUUCAGGAUUAUUAUAAAAAAAAAACGGCUAUUAGCUAUUCAAACAUAUCAUCGAUUGAUUCAAUUUCAGAGUUUAUUCAGGAAUGUCUCCCUCUUUUUACUUUUUUUAUGAAACUAGCAAUCAGAGUUCAUUUUGGCAUGAUUUCACAUCCAAACAAUGUUCAAAACACAUUUUCUGGAGAUAGUAACAUUAUCCAAAGUGAAUCCAAACAAUCUCAUAGCAUUGAAAACUAUGAAAAGAGAGACUGCCAAAAGAAUUGCCCAAGUGGUAGAUGCACUUGCUCACAAAAUCUCUUUAAGUUGAACUGUUGGAUUGAUGAUAAUAGCCGUAUACUCUCAACUGAACAUUGCUGUAUUUUACGUUGCCAGUAUUUUGGGGAAACGUCUGGCGGAGAAUGCCUAACUCUUUUUCAGCCAUGGAAUUUAUUAUAUGCAAGCUGGAAGCAUGGACUAAGCUUGCAUAGACUAGUAUCUUUAAUCGAAGGAUAUUCUUCUCAUGUUUUAUUGCUGAUCAGGACUACUGACAACUGCAUAUUUGGUGCGGUUUGUACAGGAGAUUGGAAAGAAGGCAAUGGAAAGUAUUGUGGUGACGAAACAUGUUUUUUAAUAUCUCUCAGACCAAUAUUUUCUAUAAUUGGACAAUCUGGUAAAGGAAGAAAUUUUAUGUAUAUUAAUACGAAGUAUGAUUUUUCUCCAAAAGGAAUAGGGUUUGGAGGAGAACCGGAAUAUUCAAGACUGUGGCUUGAUUCAACACUUGGUGCUGGAACAUGUAUGAAAAGUGAUCUUACAUACAACACUGGUAUGCUGUAUUGGCCUAAUGAUAAAUCUGGUAAAAGAAAUAGUUGUUUGUUGUUAGGAACCCCUUAUUCUGAAGAGAACGACGAAUCAACAACAGAAAUCAAUAAAUUUAGUGUUGCUGAUAUUGAAGUUUGGGGAUUAGGGGGUCGUAACAUUUUAAAAGAGUACUUAGAAAUUAAGGCAACUAGCAAUUAUUUUAAGCAAGAAAGAAAAGUUAUAGACAAAUCUAAGUUUAUUAAAAGUGAAUUUGAUAAGGAAUACCUAUUGGGGAACACUUAUUCAAAAAGUAACACACAUUCGUUUAAUUAA